UUGUGGUCAAAACUCAAAGACGUUUGUUUUUGUCUAAUUAAUAUUUAUCAAAAUUCAUGACGGAAACUCGAGAUAUUUUUUUAUUGAUAAAUAUUGUAUUUUUGCACAAAUCUGUAGCCUCUCUUCGAUCGAAAUAUAUCACCACGCAUCGUUAUGCCGGUGACGCCCAUUGAGUUGCAGUAACUUCUUAAAGAUUAGUCAUUUUAGAGUCGUGACGAUAAUCUGUAAAAGCUUUUUAUAACGAAAUUAAUAAGACAGUUUAUGAUUUAGAGGUCACAGUAAGAAACGAAAAAAUAUGGACAGCAAAGGCAGAAAAGUCAUCGUGUGUGAUAAUGGAACGGGGUUCGUCAAAUGUGGAUAUGCAGGAGCAAAUUUUCCAGCGCACAUAUUUCCAUCAUUAGUAGGACGGCCUAUUAUCAGAGCUGUCAAUAAAAUUGGAGGCAUAGACAUUAAGGAUUUGAUGGUUGGUGAUGAGGCAAGCAAACUUCGAUCUAUGUUGGAGAUCAAUUAUCCAAUGCAAAAUGGUAUUGUUAGGAACUGGCAAGACAUGUGUCAUGUUUGGGAUUACACAUUUGGAAAGGAGAAAAUGAAUAUCAAUCCCAGAGAAUGUAAAAUAUUAUUAACGGAACCUCCUAUGAAUCCUACUAAAAAUAGAGAGAAAAUGAUACAGGUGAUGUUUGAAAAAUAUGGCUUCGCUGGAACAUACAUAGCUGUUCAGGCUGCGCUGACUCUUUACGCCCAAGGUCUAAUCAGUGGUGUAGUGGUGGAUUCAGGUGACGGAGUAACUCACAUAUGUCCUGUCUUUGAAGAAUAUACUUUGCAUCAUUUGACCCGACGAUUGGACAUUGCUGGUCGAGAUAUCACCAUGUAUCUCAUAAAAUUACUUUUGUUACGUGGUUAUGCAUUCAAUCACUCAGCAGAUUUUGAAACGGUUAGAAUGAUGAAGGAAAAAUUAUGCUACAUAGGAUAUAAUAUUGAGACUGAAGAGAAGUUAGCACGUGAAACUACAGUAUUAAUGGAAUCUUAUACACUUCCAGACGGCCGUGUAAUAAAAGUCGGCGGAGAAAGAUUUGCAGCACCAGAAGCACUUUUCCAGCCCCAUUUAAUCAAUGUCGAAGCUCUAGGAAUUGCAGAAUUGGUAUUCAGUACCAUUCAAUCGGCAGACAUUGAUAUGAGAAGUGAAUUAUACAAACAUAUUGUACUAAGCGGGGGAAGCACAAUGUAUCCUGGGCUUCCAUCAAGAUUGGAACGUGAAAUCAAGCAACUUUACGUACAGAGAGUACUUAAAAAUGAUACCGCAAAAUUGGGGAAAUUCAAAAUAAGAAUAGAAGAUUCUCCGAGGCGGAAAGACAUGGUAUUCGUGGGUGGAGCUGUAUUAGCUGAAAUAACAAAGGAUCGAGACUCGUUUUGGAUAACGCGUGAAGAAUACGAGGAAAAUGGUCUUAAUGUAUUAAAAAAACUGGCGUCGUACGAACAAUCAUAAUUGGCUUGCAUAAGUGUACAACUAGGUGAUUUCUUAUUUGAGAAAUGUUAAAUGUUUAACCGUUCACCUCGUUAAGUGAUACCAUGGCAUUUGAAAUGCACCACAGUGUAAAUACAGUAAACUAGUCUUGAAAAUUACAUCAACUUCAGAUUGUAUGUACUUUUAAGAGAUACUAACCGAAUACUGAAGUAUCAAUUGGGUAGUGGCUGAUAUGUGAUAACCGAUCUAUCAACAUACGAAUUAUUUUAUGAACCGUUUUCGUAUGUAAGUGCAUGGCUAUUUGGGUGACAUUAAAAGAAAUUCUAAAAUAUUACCGUGAACGAUAUAAAUACGAUAUAAAUGUUAAUGUUCAGAUAUUCUCAAUUCCAUGUUACUAUUAUCAGAGGUGCAGAUUGUUCCAGGAUUACGUUUAAUUUUAGAUAAUAAGUUCAUGACUUUAGCAUAACUUAUCAGCGUUAUUGUUCACUGAGCUAUUGUAUAUCUGUACAUAGCCUAAAUCACUUUGUACUUUUUUCCAAGACAUACCGAGAAUAAAAUUACUUUUUUCCAUACACGA